GAUCCAGUGCCAUGUGAAAUGAAUGAAUGGUCGCCAUGGACGCAUUGUUCAGUCACUUGUGGACGUGGAAAGAAAACUCGAACGAGGCAGAUUAAGACAUUUCCACGUAAUGGUGGAACACCAUGUCCUGACCAUUUGAUACAAGAACUUCGAUGCGAGUUGAGACCAUGCCUAAGUUGCGGUGAAGGUAUCCAAUCGCGACGUCGUCGAAUCCACAGAGGUCGAAAUGGAGACUGGGAAGAGGAGCAAUGUACAGAAAAAGAAACAGAAGAACGUAUGUGUCGUAUACCUUGUCCACGUUUUCCGUGA